AUGCGGACCGGUCUCCUCCUGGCCCUGACAGCCGCCGCCAUCUUGUCCCCCCGCGCUCAGGCUGCGGACAUCCUCGUGGCCACCAUGACGUUCGGCAGCCCGUGGCUGGACGUGGCGAAGAUUGCCGAAGCCUUGGCCUCCCGAGGACACGUGGUCACCGUGCUGGCUCCUGCUAGUGAGAGGAGCGAUCUGAUGCGGAAAUGGCCGAGCUUGCGCUACGAGUUUUUCGGAGACCCCGAGAAACCGCCCAUCAUCAAAAACAACAUGAAAGUCGUGCCGAAAACAUUUGCAUUUUCUUCACUUACUUGGCUGGAAUUCCUGGCCUUGGGGAAUAAGAUGGCUAGCAGCCUCCUGGAUAACUGUGAAGGGAUGUUGAGUGACAGUCAGCUGAUGACGAAACUGAAGAACAGCCACUAUGACGUAGUUCUGACGUACCCUGGGACGACAUGUGGGUCCCUCGUGGCUCAGUACUUGGACCUCCCUCUGGUCUGCACUCUGAGGUCUAUGCCCACUGGACUCGACAUCAGCGCCAGUGGUGUUCCCAACCCUCUAUCCUACAUUCCGACUGUUACGUCAGGACUGACUGACCAGAUGACCUUUCUACAAAGGGUCAAGAACACACUGGUUUACUUUGGGAUGACCACUAUAGGACAAUUAAUGGCCGAGAUGGGCUUCGACGCUAUUGCGAGAAGGACCAUUGGUGGCAACUUCACCAUAUUUGCUGCAUUAGCAAGAACGGACGUGUGGCUGUACCAGACAGGCGUCAUGUUUGACUUCCCCAGACCCACCAUGCCGAAUACGGUCAGCAUAGCAGGUCACAUGGCUGAUGAGGUCAAGCCGCUCAGUGAGGAUCUGGAAAAGUUCGUGCAGAGCUCAGGAGAUGCCGGGGUGGUGAUAGUGACGUUCGGCUCCAUGAUAGCGGCUAUGCCCGCAGAGUUAGCCGACAUGCUGGCCGCUGCUUUUGCCCGCCUGCCGCAGAAGGUGGUGUGGCGAUACGCCGGGACACCUCCGCCAAGUCUGGGAACCAACACCAGGACCAUGGAGUGGGUGCCUCAAAGCGACUUACUGGGUAAAUUUAU